UUAUUUAUUGGGAAUUGCACUGGCAUAAACAGAAGAAGAAGAAGAAAGUAGGGGGAACUUUUUGAGUUCAGGUUCAGACUUUUUCUUGUGAUUUUCCCCCUGUCCAUGUAUUAUUUUAAACGUGGAAAAAGUGCCUUUCAGUAGUCAAAAGUGUCCUUAUCAUUGUUUACAAUGUCACUGAGAUUAAUUCGUAGUCGGGAAGUGAACAGAGCCCAAAGACAAAGCAGACUGGUGACGCCGUCCAUCAAGAGAAAAGAUGACAGGGCUCCCCAGUCCAGAAUAAAACGCUACAAAUCCUUCCCGGACGUGUCUAAGAGUCGUCCGGGAAGGGAUUAUCUAAUCAAGUCAAAGUCUGAGAGUUGCCUGGCGAUUGCUGAGAGUGACCAAGUAGCCCAAGACACGAGAUCACGUCAACUUUCCAAUGCAAAGUCGGAAGUGUGCCUAAAGACCAUAUCGGUGCAUAGCACGGCAGCUGCCUCGGCGGUCCAUCCGCCACCGAGGAGCUAUGUAAAGAAUCCCCGGAAGGGUGGAGAGCGAAAUGAUCUGACAUCAUCGAGGAUGAGCUUAAUCACUCCGCCGGAGAUGCAGUGCCGUGGCUUUGCGGACACAGCUUCCAUCCGGAUCCCCAUCAUUGGGUACGAAGUCAUGGAGGAAAGAGCUCGUUUCACGGUCUUUAAACUUCGGGUAGAGAAUCCCUUCACGAAUGAUUGCUGGCUGGUCCUGAGGCGCUACACGGAUUUUGAGCGCCUCAAUAGCAAACUCAAGUCAAUCUUCCCGAAACUCAAUCUUGUACUCCCAAGGAAGAAGUUCUUCGGGGAUAAUUUCAACAGUGUCUUCCUGGACAAUCGUGUUCAGGGACUUCAGCACUUUGUUAAUACAAUCAUGGCAGAAGAAAAUCUGAGAAAUUGUCAAUUUGUCAGGGAAUUCUUCUGCCUCGAUGAGCCUCCCACAUACUCUGAGAGCAUGGAGGAAUGUCGUGCAAUCUUUGAGGCUCAAGAGGAAACUAUUGCACACUUGAAACUCCAAUUGCGUAACAAGGACGCUCUCUUGGUGAACUUGGAACAGAAACUAAUGAUGGAAAUCAACGAAGUUGAAAAGCUAAAAGCAUCACUUCAAGCUCUCCAGGAGCAUCUUAAAAUGUCUUCCAAAGAUGAGAAAAUUCCGCAUCAUUCUCGAAAUGAUUUCGUGAAUAACAACACGAGGUACUGAAAUUCCCGAAAUUGUUGGAUCUGUGUCUCAUUGAUGUAAGUCAGCAAAAUCACAUGCUGUGUAUUUUUAUCAACACUACUCAACAUAUUCGUGGGAAAGGUGAUAAAUAAGAAGAAGAAGAAAAAAAAGAAAAAAACUCAUCGUUUAUUAUUUAAAAAACAAUUUUUACACAAAUAUUUCGUGUAUUUUCCAAUGAGAAAGUAUUGAUGAAAUCUCCAAGUGUGGCCUUUUCACACUUAUUUAGUUAAAUGAAUAUCAACAUGAUUGUUUACCAAAUAUUUUUAUGUGAAAAAAAAUUUGAGAGAGAGAGAAAAAGAGUGUAAAAAACUCGUUGGUAUGUUCUCUUAUUAUAUAUUUUUUAUUAAAGUGAGAUAGUUUAUGCAGAA